GUCUGUUAACACCUACCCAUUAUGACUGUAAAUUUGAGCACGCGCACACGCACGCGCGCCCCCUGUCCAGUCCCUGUUCUUCCCAGGUCCUGUUCCAGCUGUUGUGCAUUCCUGUGCGCUACACGGCCAGCCUCUCAGUGUGUAUGUGUAUGUAUGUAUAUUUUGUUUGUGGGUGAGGACGGCGCAUCAAGUCUCUCCUGAAGAACCGCGAGUGCGGUUGAACUUCUCGGUCCAGCGGUGGAAUGCGCCAGUGAUGAGUCCUGGACAAGGUUUCAGAGGAAAGUGACAGCAGCAGAACCGCUUGGAUUUUUUAUUAAAGAGAAAGUUUGGGGACUUUUGUGUUUGUGUUGGAAUCUUCUCUCGUCAUGACCGAGCUUCUCAGCACCGUUUCAACAACGGACCCAGAGACACUCUGUCAGCCAGAGUCAGACCAGAUGAGUCCAGACGAGCCACAGUCUCCCUUGGACCUGAUAGACACAGGGAAAUGCCUGAAGGUCCAAACAGCCACACCACAUCUGGUCAGCCUGGGUAGUGGGAGACUGAGUGUGGCUAUCACCCUACUGCCCCUUAAAGAAGGAGUGACCCGUAUCGGGCGUGAGGACGCAGCGGUACCCCAAGACAUCACCAUCCAGGGUGUAGGUAUCGAGGCGGAACACUGCAUCAUCAUCAACACAUCAGGGGUCAUCAUCCUCGACCCUUGUGGGAACCUCUGCUCCUUGGACGGCGUCCCUGUGACAUCACCUGUCCCGCUCACACAAGGUUACUCUCUGUGUCUGGGUCAAUCCUACUUCUUCCGUUUCAACCAUCCAGAAGAGGCCAACCGUAUGAAGAGCAUGCUGCCCCAGAAGAGCCCUGUCUCUCCUCUGGCCUACAGCACAGACUAUCUGAAGUUCAGUAGUGACUACAGCCAUGGGGUGGUGGGAGGGGCCGGCAGUGCAAGAGGGAUGCGUUCUGCCUCAGAGCUCCGUGAUUUGAUGGACACCUUACAACGAAAGAAGAUCGCCCUGGAGACCAGCCUGAGAGCCAAUGGGGACUCUAGCCCCUCCUACUUCAGUAUGACACAGUCUCCACCCACCACGCCUGUGACCUCACCCACCUCGAUGUCGUCAGCCUAUCAAGAGCAGGCUAGGCGUUUCUAUGGCUCUGAUCGCCCGCCCCUCUCAGUCAAAGCCGCGGUCCCUCCCUCCCCCUCUCGGCGCUCUGACCCCCCUUCCUCCCGAUCCUCCAUGACCCGGAACCAAUCCUACCAAUCACAAGACAGCCUGCUGGCCUCCCCUGGCGACGGGCGACGACAACUAAACCCAAACUCCUCCCCCCUGUUGUCGAUGUGGAACGGUGGAGGUUCCUCUAACUCAGUGGCUGGUGGUGAGAGCCUCUCCUCUCCUCCUCCACGCUCAUCCCUCUCUCCAACCAGUGGAGCAGCCAGCGUGCCCUCCAGCCCCCGCCUGGGACGCCGAAGUCACGGCAACCAUGAGCCGACACCUAGCAACCGAACCAGGAAGUACUCUGCAGGGUCAAUAGGCGGCAUGAUAGGAAGUCACAGCCUCUCUCUGCCCCGCCUCUGCCUGUCAUCGUCGCCACGUUCCCAUGAUAAUGGAGCCGUGGUGCUCUCUACCCUCCCCCCGACCUCACGGCGCUCUGAACCUCUACGUAACUCUUCUCACAACAAUAGCCAAAACCACACCACAAACAGUAACUACAACCAUAACCAAACCACUAACUUUAACUACAGCCAGGCCCAAAACAUGAACCACAAGGGGAACCAAGGUGAGGGGGUGGUAUCCAUCUCCCUCUCCUCCCCAAAGUCUCCCACCCAGGCCCCUCCAGACGUGACGGUCCCGUUCCGAUCAGGGGGCUCCUCCAGUCCCCGCGUGGCCAAGAAACUCAGCCUCACCUCCACCAGCUCCACAUCCAGCCUCCAAGAGCCAGAGUGGCCAGCCAGCUGCGGAGUCUCCCCUGGACCAGAGCUUUUUUUCGGGGAGAGGGAGCACAGAGGUGGCAGCCUGGAGCCUGGUCUAGGGUUAGGGGAACGGAGACAGUCUUUUGGGAAGGGUGGGCUUGAACCAGGGUUCGGUCUGGGGGAGAGAAGACAGUCCUUUGGAAAGGGAGGGGUAGAACCUAGUUUGGGAUUAGGGGAACGGAGACAGUCUUUUGGGAAGGGAGGUUUAGAGCCAGGUUUAGGGUUAGGGGAACGAAGGCAGUCAUUUGGGAAGGGAGGAGUGGGGCUGGGGGCGGGGGUGACCCCACCGGGGGGGUUCAGGGCGAGGAGUGGCAGUAUCAGCUCCCUGAGUGGGAAGGAAGAACUGACUGACUACCACCAUCGCCAGAGAGAUGAGAGACUACGAGAACAAGAGGUGGAGAGACUGGAACGCCAGCGGCUGGAAACCAUUCUGUCUCUGUGUUCAGAGCUGGGUCGAUCGGAGCAGGACAGGGAGAAGAGUGUUGGUUCUAGUGUCGAUACCGGUGCUGGUCUAGCCGACCUUCAGAUGAUCAACCGGGAAUUAGAGAAACUCCAGGUCUCUGACGACGAUGAGUCAGAAUCCGUCUUCUCUGACUCAACUGUGAACGGAAAUGGGGCCGGUAGCGGCUCGGAGAACGGUUACUAUGGUAACGACGAGGAGCGUCCAGUCCGACAGCGACGGAGCAGCGGCCACCGGGACCACAUGGCACAAUCGCCAGCCAUCAUCCUACGAAGCUCCGCCACCUCGCUCACCGCGCAUCUGCCUAGGACUAAUCGGGCGCUGGUGGAGGAGGGCCAGCGGAGGCAGGAAGUGACCUGUGUGGAGGAGGAGAGGAUCCAGGUGCUGAACAACAUGGAGGAGCUGGAACAGAAGAUCAAAGAACUGGACAACCAGAUGGACGAGUCUCUCAGAGAGGUGGAGGUGGAGCGUGCCCUGGUGGAGGCAGAGCAGCAGGCGGAGCUAGCGGCCUUGCAGCAGGAGAGAGAUGCUCUGGAGACACUCAACACCAAGAUGUCUGACAUGGAACAACAGGCACAGAACCAGAAGACUCCGGCGUGUGUGUCGCUGCAGGCUGAAAGGGCUAGGGUAGAGCAGCUGUCUCAGAGUGUGUGUGAGCUGCGCUCCCAGCUCCACUGCUGUCCUGAGGCCAUGAAGGAGCCCCUACAGGAGCAGCUCACCAGGAACUCUGAGGUGCUGGAAGCUGAGACGAAGCGUUUUGAGGACCUGGAGUUUCAGCAGCUGGAGAGAGAGAGUCGUCAUGAUGAGGAGAAGGAGGAAAGCACACAACAACUCCUCAGAGAGAUAGCUGACUACCAACGGAGCACCGUCACACGCAAGGAGAGGCUGGUGGCGCUAAACAAGCAGGCGGGACAGAUUACCCAGCAGGCUCAGCGAGAGAAGGACAGCUUCCUGAAGGAGCGGACCAACCUGCAGAUGAUGGUGCAGAGGGAGAAAGAUAACCUUGCUUCUGUGGAAAAGAAGUAUGCUGACCUCACAGGUGGGCGGGGCUUCCCUCUCAGCCCUAUCAGUCUCAAGGAGCCACUUCUUCUCUCCCCCCUUUUCCCUCAUGGUAUGUUCCAGGGCUAUGUAACAGUCAGUGAGAUCAAUGAAAUUUACUCCCAGCUGGGGGGGAACCCUAGUCCCGCCCCUGCCCCUGUUCUGGCCAAUCCCUCCCCUGAUUCUGAGCCUAGCCCCCCCACUGACGACAGCGCCCCAAAACCAGCGGAGGACGAGCACUUCCGUUCACUGGAGGAGAGAAAGAGGUUAGUGAAAGAAGGUGGGGCCCACCUGAGUGACACAUUACCCAGGAAGAAGACCACGUCCAUCAUCACCCCUCAGUUCAACUGUGCUACACUAGGACGCAGCAUGCCUAACAAGUCCCAUCAGCCCCUGGUCCAGAGUUCUAGCUGUGGCAGUAUUUUACCCCGGGCCAUGUCUGUCUCCUCCAAUAGAGACACAGAUAAACGGCGCCUGCACAAGGGUCAGCCGAGCUCUCGUGCCGCCUCCCAGUCCAACGUGUACCUGGACACCUACGGUCACUGUGAAAACGGCCAGGCAUACGACACCAUGAGCGUGGAGAGCUCUGACUCAAUGGAGACCAGCAUCUCUGCCUGCUCCCCGGACAACGUGUCCUGUGCCAGUACGUCUAACGUGACCAAACUGGAGGAAAUGGAGCGUCUGCUGAGACAGGCUCAGGCAGAGAAGUAUCGCCUCAUAGAACACAAGGAGCAAGAGAUGGAGUCACGCAAACAGGCUCUGGAGGAGGAGAGGAGGAGGAGGGAGGAUCUGGAGAAACGACUGCAGGAGGAGACCAACAGACGACAGAAACUCAUCGACAGGGAGGUGAAACUACGGGAGAAACAGAGAGCACAGUCCCGUCCUCUGACGCGCUACCUGCCAGUUCGAAAGGAUGACUUUGACCUAAAAGCCCAUAUAGAGUCAGCGGGCCACAGUGCUGACACCUGUUUCCACCUGUCCCUCACGGAGAAGACAUGCCGAGGAUUCCUGGUCAAGAUGGGGGGAAAGAUCAAGACCUGGAAGAAACGCUGGUUCGUCUUUGACCGCAACCGACGAACGCUCUCCUACUUCUCAGACAAGCAUGAGGCCAAGCUGAAAGGGGUCAUCUACUUCCAAGCAAUAGAGGAAGUUUACUAUGACCACUUAAAGAACGCACACAAGAGUCCUAACCCGUGUCUGACGUUCAGUGUGAAGACUCAUGACAGGGUCUAUUACAUGGUGGCCCCCUCUCCUGAGGCCAUGAGGAUCUGGAUGGAUGUCAUUGUCACUGGGGCCGAGGGAUACACUCAGUUCAUGGUGUAGAAGGAGCGAUAUGGUCAUGGCGGAGGGAUACACCCACUUUAUGGUGUAGGAGACUUGAUCUGUACACGUCGGAGGAAUACACUCAGUUCAUGGUGUAAAGAGGGGUGCUUCGGAGUGGAAUGAUACAGCCAGCGUGUGGUUACGACGACAGGACUAGCUCCUCUCUUUUCUCUGACACAGAUGGACUGUUUUUAUUUCUGUAUUUUAUCAUUAUAGAAAU